UUGACGCACAGAAGACAAAUGAUGCGGCGUUAAGAAAACUAACAGGUUUUUGAUGAUCUUCAGCCAUGCCUGAUGUUGAACCCCUCAGAUUCCCAUCAAGAGAGGGACGACCUAAUCAACAAGAUCAAGCAGAUCUUCAAGCUGUCUGCACAGGAAGACGUCGCACUUGUGCUUUGCUCAACAGUCCGUCACCAAGUGUCAACCACGCUAUUUACCACAUCCAAGAGCUGAAGAUGAAGGUGGAGAACUGGUGUCAACAGUCUGGAAAAUACCAGCCACACAUUGAUCAGGACAAGCACCACUGCAGUGAAACUUUAAGAUUUCAGUCCAGAGACUCAGAUACUGAACAAGUGAUGUCUACAAAGUUGUUUGUUGAAGGCAUCGCAAUCAGUACAAGAGAAAGUUGUCCAUUAUCGCCGCUAUUGAAGAAAAUAAAUGAUGUCCUUGGAGAGGUUGUGUAUCUGAUUGAGCGGCUGGAGGCUGAUCGGCAGUAUGCAGAGGAAGGUCUCCACAAAGAGAAGAGAAGAAAAAGAUUUUUGGAGAACAAAGUUGACUGUAUUUCACUGUGGAAGCAACAAGAGCAUUCUUUGGUUGUUCAAAAAGAGCAUGAGGCUUGCAUUAGAGACAUCACUGAACUGAAGUGGCAGCUAAAACUAGAGCGAGACAAACUUGACCAGGUCCAGGAGAAACUGUCACAUGCAGAGGUUUUGAACCAACACUUGCACAAGGACAUAAACUUUUCCAAAAAACAAAUUCCCAUCGUGAGAGACAAUCUGGAGAUCCAGGAAAGCCUCAUAGAUCAAAUCAACACUGAACAAGCAAAGGCUGAUGAAGUAUACUCAGAUACACAAAAUGAUCUGACACUGGUUCAGAAGGAGUACAAAAAGAUGGAGCUGGACGCCAACAAUGAAAAGAAAUCACAGGAGCAAAUACUGUUGGCUAUGAAGAAUCAGCUGGCCAACAAAUUAGAAGAUUUAAACCUGUUGAAGAUCCUUGAGAAAGAUCUAUAUGCUGAAAUUGAGGAUGCAGAACAGACAGUUGCUCUUACAGAAGAAAAGUGUGCUGCCACAACUCAACGUAUCCCUAAAAUAAUGGAGCUUGAGAAAACUGAAAAAGACAGAAUUUCACAAUUAAAAUAUCAAAUUGAGGAGGAGAUGCAAAAGAAUAAAAAGUUGAACGAGAAACUAAUGGCAUUACAAGAAGACAUUGAGAAAACUAAACUUAAAGGAGAAGCAGAGGUUUCCUGUGUAGAAGAGCAGCUCCUUUCAAAACGUAAUGCUUUUGCAGCUCUCCGUAAAGAAAACAUGGACUAUGAACAGAAUGUGGAAGACUACAAGAUAAAGAUUUCUGAGAGUGAGAAAGCAGUGAAGCAGAUGCGUGAGGAGAGGAAGCAGAUGCUCCAGAAAAUCAUUGACAAUGACGAACACUGGGAAAGGGCCAAGGAGGAAGUGACCCAAGUUGUAACCCAGCACAGUGUCACCCAGACUAAGCUGGAAGAGCAGGAGCAGCUGACCUUCAUGGAAGAACAGAGGGCCAGGAAAGAGAUCGAAAACCUGAGGAAAAAUCUGACAGGUCAGAUGACUGCCCUGGAAGUACUUAAGAGUCAUUGUGCGAACAUCAAUGAUGAACUCCAACGACUGCAGAGGCGCUCAGUGCUAGCCAACAAAAAGCUUAAAGAUGAAUUUGAAAGUGUGUCCUCGACAACAGAAGCUCUGGAGAUACAAAUUGAGAAAGCCAAGAAAUUGACAGAACGUUUGGAAAAGACUGAGUCUGAACACAACAACACAUUAGCCAUCCUCCAGAGAGAAAAAAAACUCAAAUGUGACCACCUGAAAGUGGCAAAGGAUUUACACACUGCCACUAUAAAGAGAUAUGACAUCAUCCAGAGCAGGACCAGUGACCUUACGAAGAAGUGCGAAGAAUACCAAAACGCUUCAGAGAAAAUGGAACAAAUAGUUGAAAGCAUGCCAGCAGUCAUAGCGGAACUCAAAAGUGCUUUAGACAUGGCUGAAUUCAAAGACAAAUCAGCUGCUCUCAUAAUGAGCACCUUGCAGUCUGAUAUUAAUAACUGCCUACAACGAACACAGCGAUCCAUGCAGACACACACUGCUCAUGUUACAGCAAGAAAAAAGGAAAUGGAAGACACCAAGGGAGCACUAAUAAUCGCACUGAAGGAGAACAAACAGCUGGCCAGCGAGUACGAAGGUCUUAAGAAGAUCCUUAUGGAGGCCGAACAGGAGGCGGUGUCUGCGCUGACCAAGAAAAACCAUGCACAUAAAUCUUGUCAUUAUUACACACAGCUCUCUUUGUUGCAGAAGAGGAUGCACAAAGCUUUGGUGAAAUACUUCAAACAACGCAGCCUCUACAGCCAGGCUGAACUGGACCGGUGCCAGUCUCUUUCUCAAGAGACCGACCAGAAAAUAAAAACAGCCCAGGAGGGGUUGUCAAAAGAAAUUCAGCUCAUCUCUACAUUCCUGCAAUCCUUGACAGAUGACUCUACUACCACUGAUGAUGCCGGGGUGAACAAACAAGCCAGUCCAGAUGCUGCUGGAUCGAAUGACAAAUCCAUAACAAUGAAACAGGUGACUUUCAUGCUGCUGUCAGGACUGAUCUAA